UGUAAGUCGAUUCUCCAACCUGAGAGUCCUCUCUGCAUAGUGUGAUCAACGAGACUAGACUUUAGCAAUCUCUUGGCACAUCUGCCCCCAAAUGCGCCUUCGGUUUGCCGCCAUCGUCACCGGCCCGCUCAUCCCGACCCUCGCCGUGGGACAAUGCGUUCGCCUAUAGGAACAGUCCCUUCAUGUCUUUCCCUCGUAUCGUCUCCUCUUCUCGUAUUGGCUCAUGGAUCUCAAAGAACCACGACAUGUGGCUUGGAUCCGAGACUUCCAGUAUCCGUCGUUACUGCGCAGGGCCGUGUUGAUGUGGCAGGACCCCAUCAGAACAGCCAAGCUGUGUACGCGGCUCCAUUACAACCGCAUUGUGGAAGUAUUACCUGAAAGAUUUAAGAUUUAAUACCAGCUGCAUUAAUAUCUUUGAGACGUGUCUGAG